AUGAUCGAUACCGAUAAUCUUCGUACAGCAUCGCUGUAUAUCAACAACCAGCUUCUAUCUAGAGGUUUACUUCGUGAUGGCCAGAGUAUCGAUUUCGCCGGCGCGGCCUUCAAUGGCGAUGAAGCUGGAGCCACCAUGGGACGGAUCGUGAGCGUCCUAAACGAUCUAAUACUCCGACGAGAUCGUGAUGCAGAACAUCGCGAAUCCCUCUCAACCACCAUGCGCACCCUACGCGCCGAUAACCUCAAACAUACCAACGACAUCGCGCGACUAACAGAGAAACAUACCGAGGCCAAGAGGAAGUUGGACAUUGCAGAAGCUUCAGAGGCUGCUCUCAGAACGCAAAUGAAGUCGGCAGACGCCGCCAUACGCGGUUUAAAGGAAGAAGUCGCCCGUACAAAGGGACUGGUCGCCCAGGCACGAGCUGCGUGCGCAACAGACGUCCGUAGACGAGACCGCCAAAUCGAUACCUUGAAGAAACAGCUCGCCGAAGCUGGGCGUGCGCGAGGAUCCCGAGCGAACCCUGGCGUAACCUCAAUCCUCGUCACAGGCGAUGUUGGCGAGGAAAAGUCGACAGGUCGCGGAGGCAUCACAGCAGCAGAUGACUAUGAUCUGCGCAACGAAACAAAUGCAUUCUUGGCCAAACUGGCUCAAAAUCUUAGUGAAGAAAACGAAGCUAUUCUUUCCAUAAUGCGCAAAACGAUGCAGCAACUGCGGGACAUGAGUGGGUGGAACAACGAGAACCAGGAUAACCUUGUUAUCCAGCAGCAAGGGUGGCAGGAUAUGGCUUCGGAGCUGGACUCUGUGCUGGAACACAUGCGAACUAUCCUAACGAACCCCUCGUUCGUGCCAAUCGAAGAGGUCAUGGUUCGAGAAGAGGAAAUCAGCCGUCUCAAGGAUGGUUGGGUCAAGAUGGAAAGCCGCUGGACUGAGGCAGUUCAUCUGAUCGAUGGUUGGCGGAAGCGUAUGGCUGCUAAUGGACGGCCGAUUUGCGACGAAGAGCUUCAGAUGGGAUUGCGUCUUAGCCCAGUAAGGGUACGAGAUGUAGAGGAGACAAGGCACGCAUCCGCUCUCAGACUUUCUGCUGUUGCUGAGGAGCCCGAGGAUGAGAUGGAUGUUAUCGACUCGCCAUGCCCUUCGCGUUGUUCCCCUCGCGUACAACUAGUCCCAGAGUCAGAGCCUGAGGAUGAAGUUGACCAGGAAAAUGACGUCGAAUCCGACUACGACGAAAACAUACCAAUCGACGACUAUGACGUUGAGGAGCCUAAUGUGCAGAUCCUUCAACAGUCCACAGCGGCUCCCAUCUACCACACAGACCCAGACUCAUCGCCACUACCAGAGCCUCCCCAGCUCAGCCCCUUGAAAGAUUCUGCAUCAGCCGGAAACCGUGGCUCUCAACCACGCAAACAUGGCAAGGGAGAUUUCACCACUAUUGUGGAGGAAAACACAUGGGACCUUGCUGCAGAAGGAGGCUCCAUUCCUCUUAGAUAUGAUCAAGAACCUCGCGAUCGCGUGUCAUCCUCUUCUUCACUCGAUGAGGUCCUCCUUGUCAAGUCACCGGAAACUGCCCCCCAGGUUAACGAGAUGAAGAUGUCUACUCCCCAACACCAAAGCUCCCACCGCAGUAGCGACGACCAAAGUGAGACCCAAACGUCACCCAACCGUUCCCCUCGUCGAACAGCAUCACGUCUCCCCCUCCCACGGAACAUCGAUCCCGCUCCUCAACAAAGUCCUCUCACUAUGGCGACUAUUGCCGCCAAAUUGGCCGCUUCAGAGCGCGAGGCUGAUGCUGCUCGUGUUCGAGCCAAGCUUCGAGCUGCCCGUGGAACUCGUGGGGUCAAGAAGCCAACCAUCACUUCAUCUCAGCCAGAUCAGGCUACCGAAUCUACAAACGAAACCGAAAAGAGAAAUGAUUUUGAGAAUGUCGACCCUGUAAAGAGGGAUCCAGUACCGACUGAUGAUCAGCUGAAGCCUCAAAAACGACGCCGUGAACGCCGAAUGAGCAAGAGUGUAUCGCGACGGAGAAGCACGUUGAGUCCUUGGGAGCUUGAAAGCUUGAUGAAUGGAAGCGUGCAGUAA